AGUGACCCGGACAUGCAACUGAGGCCCGUUUUUCUGACUGCCGCCUCUCCUUCCUGUAAGACCGGUUGAGGAAGUGAAUUUCGCUGACAAGGCUGGGUUCACUGAGGGAGAGGCGAACAAAACAUCUUCCGCGGGGGACAGAGGAAAAAAAAAAAAAAAAAAAAAACAAGAAGCAAGAGGAGCGGUCUGACAAACCAUUCAAAGGCUAUAAGGCGUACAGUCACCGGUGAAAUCGUGCCCCCCUGCCCCGCUGAGACCACCGCAGACAUGAGUGAACAGCAAUUAGACUGUGCCCUAGACCUGAUGAGGCGUCUGCCGCCUCAACAGAUCGAGAAGAACCUCAGUGACCUCAUUGACCUGGUGCCCAGUCUGUGUGAGGACCUUCUCUCCUCUGUGGACCAGCCCCUAAAGAUUGCCCGGGACAAGGUGGUGGGAAAAGACUAUCUUCUCUGUGAUUACAAUCGGGAUGGUGACUCCUACAGAUCUCCGUGGAGUAAUAAGUACGACCCUCCCAUUGAAGACGGUGCCAUGCCUUCAGCUCGGUUGAGGAAACUGGAGGUCGAAGCCAAUAACGCCUUUGACCAGUACAGAGACCUGUAUUUUGAGGGUGGUGUGUCAUCAGUGUACCUAUGGGAUUUGGACCACGGCUUCGCUGGCGUUAUUCUCAUCAAAAAGGCUGGAGAUGGCUCCAAAAAGAUCAAAGGGUGUUGGGACUCCAUCCAUGUGGUGGAGGUGCAGGAGAAGUCCAGUGGACGAACUGCUCACUACAAACUCACCUCCACCGUCAUGUUGUGGCUCCAGACGACCAAAAGCGACUCUGGUACCAUGAAUCUGGGUGGCAGCCUCACAAGACAAAUGGAAAAAGACGAGACGGUUGGAGAGUCCUCACCCCACAUUGCCAACAUCGGCCGCCUUGUUGAAGAUAUGGAGAACAAGAUUCGCUCCACACUGAAUGAAAUCUACUUUGGGAAGACCAAGGACAUUGUCAACGGACUUAGAUCUAUUGAGUCUUUGCCUGAUAACCAAAAGUACCGACAGCUCCAGAGGGAGCUGUCGCAGGUCCUCACCCAGCGUCAGAUCUUCAUUGACUAGGAGUGUUACAUCUCUGGCUGACAAGUCAAAGCAGGAGGCUCUCCAAAGCGAACUGUUCAAGGCGCUCAAACUGAAAAACCAAAGCUAGAGAUGCUACUGUUCUGUCCGUUUCUCUCCGUCAUCUCUUCUCUCGUUUCUUUCUGUCUUCUCCCCUCACCGCCUCCUGCACUCUUGUUUCUUUGUGGAAAAAACAAAACAAAAAAAAUGAGAAAAUGCUUCGCUUUUUUCUCCACCCCCUUUCACCUGUCACGUUUUGUUGUUUUCAUGUAUCUCUACAUGUUCUGAAGCCAUUCACUCACACUCCCUUCCAUGUUAUGAACUUAACGAUAGCAUUAUGGCGGUUAAAGAUCAUCUUGCAGUGCGAGGGUCGGCGUAUACUAAUCCCACCCACCCCCAACCCCCGUGCAAUGU